AGGGCGCAAGAUUCGUAGGUUGACGCAGGCGCGGUAGUAUUGCGAUGUUGCCGGUGGGAAGGUAUCAAUGGUGAGGCGGCGGCGGGGCGGGGAGAAGAUGGAAGCAACGCUGCGGGGCAGCCGGGCGGCGCUGGAGCUGCGUGGGAGUGGUGCCCCAGGAGUGCAUGUUGUCAUGGGAAACGAAGCUUGUGACCUGGACUCCAUGGUCUCUGCCAUUGCAUUUGCCUACUUCCUAACCAAGACGUCAUUGGAGCAAAAGACUGUCUUCGUGCCCAUCUUAAAUAUCCCACGAUCAGAGUUUCCUUUGCGUGGCGAGUGCACCUUCCUCCUCCGGGAAAAUCAGUUUUCCGAAGACCUGCUGACAUUUCGGGAUGAGAUCGAUCUGCACAGCCUGCACAGGGAGGGUCGGCUGACAUUGACACUGGUUGACCACAAUGUCCUACCCAGAGGUGAUGCAGCCCUGGAGAAUGUGGUGACACAAGUGAUCGAUCACCGCCCCCUGGAGCGACCUUUUACCCCUGGCUGUUUAGUAACCUCUGAGCCCGUGGGCUCCUGUGCAACCCUGGUGACCGAGUGGAUCGUCCAAAGAGCGCCUGACAUUCUGGAUAAGCAGCUUGCUUUCUUACUGCGCAGUACCAUUGUGUUGGACUGCAUCAACAUGGCUCCCGCAGCAGGGAAAGUCACACCAAAGGACUCUGAGUAUGUUGCUCUUUUGGAAUCCAGAUUUCACGAUCUCCCACCCAGAGCCACUGUCUUUGAUGCACUGCAGGAAGCCAAGUUUGACAUCAGUGGGUUGACCACUGAGCAGAUGCUGAGGAAAGACUUGAAAGUUGUGUUUGGCGGAGACCUUCGACUGGCCAUCAGUGCCAUCUACUUGACGCUUGAGGACUUUUUGGCCCGUCCCUGUGUGAAGAACGAAUUGGAAGAAUUCUGUCAGACGAGAGGCUAUGACGUUCUGGUUACCAUGACCAUCUCCUUCAAUGAGAAGAAGGAGCCUUCCCGCCAACUGGCUGUCUACAGCCCUUGCAGCCAUUUGAGGGAAUUGGUGAGCUGCGCAUUGGAGAAGUCUGAGGCCCCGUCACUGCAUCUGUUGCCAAUGUAUAGCCCCUCCUCUGAGAUCAGUGCCUACUCCCAGGGCAACAGGUUGGCUUCUCGCAAGAAGGUCCUUCCCAUCAUUGAGGGUUUGCUAAAGGCCCGGGAGAAGGAGGGAGCAGCAGCCAUGCACAGAUGCCAAGGAUGGAAUGACUGCAGUGACUCAGCCCAGCUGUUGCCAGCCAGCUGCACAGACAUCUGCCAGGACGAAGACUUGCAGCUGCCUCCAACACCCAUGAACAGCCUGGUAGAGGGUUGCCCACUGGAUGGUGGCUUGCCCAAGCUGACACCAGAGGCCAUUCUGGAGAAGUUCAAUCAAAUACCCGCAGAGGGGCUGGCAGAUACAGACUGCUCUGUCUGCCAUUAGCCGGGGAUUGGCCUGAUUUGGCUGAGUUUCCCUUUGAUUUUAUUUUGAGACAGUAGGUAGGAGAAGCCAUUUGAACCACUUGUUGUGACUGACCCUUACCGGGGCCUCAAGGCAGAAAGUCGUGGUGAGGAGGACAAUGGGAAUGUGGGCUUAGCCCAGCCACAAGCUGUGUCAGGGAGGUUCUUCCCAUCCCAGCUGUUGACAAUUGGACUUGCUGACAUUGGGGCUAGGAUCAAUCUUUGCUCUUCCACAUAAUCCUACAGUUACCACAUCUUAACAACAUAGGAACAGAAGUAGCCCAUUUAACUCUAUGACUUGCUAUUCAGUACAAUUGGGGUGAUCUGUGCCACAAACUCCAUAUUACCUCCCCCCUUUCACCAGUAAAAGUCUAUCAAUCUUAGAUUUAAAAUUAAAAACUAUAAAUUUCCAUUAACAAGCAAAUUCCAAAUUUCUAGCAUCCGUUGUGUGCAGAAACGUUGCUGAGUGUCACUUAAGUAGUUAGCAGUAAUUUUUACAAUAUGCUCCCUAUCCCGGACUCUCCAGCCAGCGAAGAUGGUGUUUUCUACCCUGUCAGUUCCUCUUUUAUAUAAUCUACAGUAAUAAAAUUACAACCUUUUGAAUCACGCAAUUAUAUCUUGAGUAACUUUUCCCUGCAGUCCAGGUAUCAUUCCGAUAAACUGAGGCCUUGCACCUUCCAAUACCAACAUGUCUUUUGUGGGUAGGGUAUUUCCCAUGCAUUGGUGGUUUGCAGGGAUUCAGUUAAGACUCCUGUGUAUCCUUCAGGAGAGGAUGGUGAGGAAAGAUGUAUCCUUCAUCUUUUGUCGAUGUAAAUCUUUUGGAGUUUGGGAAAUUUGGGUGCAUCCUUGAAAGGAGAGAAUGGCCCUUCAUUGGUUGCCAUAUAUUAUCAGGUUUGCAGUUAAACAAAUAUAGAACAGUACAGCACUGGACAGACCAUAGCCCAAGAUGUUGUGCUGAUCUUGAUGCCAAUUUAUACUAAAUGUCCAGGUUAGCAAGUUCCUGGCUUUGCCUGGCUCUCUGGACAGUUAUCCAGUGUCUUGCCUCUUUCCCCAGAGUCCCAGUAAAAUAAAUCUCCUUUUCCUCACUGGACUGUGAGACAAGGCAAGGGGUAAUUUUGAAUUAUCUCCCAAUGCAGCAACCACACCAAGUUGCACGAUAGUUCUGAGGGAGACAUAGACCAUUACUCAAUUAGAGAGUGAGCACUCACUGAUCACAAGGGAGCAUCUCCUGGUAUAUUCUGCAUAUCAGCAGAUGCUGAGGUCCUGGGAAUUCCAUUCUGCAUAAAUCGCAGAAGCUGCAUUUUAUGAGUGGGGAUAUGUGCAGGACAAGUAUCCGAACCCAUAGGUAUGAUAGAAAUCAUAGUAACGUUAAAAACAGGAGGAGGCCCUUCUUUUCCAUGCUGUAACAAAUUUGCACAGGGAGCAGAUGAAAAUCUCAAGUCUUCCAUUUCACUUCAGAAUAUCAAAGGUGCCUUUUUAAAGUGUGUGUCUUUUUAAAAAAAAAUACAUGGAUCGAGGCAGGGAAAAUUACAAGCAUUCGCUGAUCUGGAGAGACUCCCCCUCAACUCUGUCUCUUUCCUGCAUUGUGAAGCUUGGGGGAAUUCCCGUUUCAACCUCCCAUCAACACCUGCACAGUAUGGUUAAAAAGAAGCAGGCCAGGUUAAACCAGACAUGAACCAGUGAACAGUGCUUGGAGGUUGCCUGGUAAUAAAUAGCAUAACCUUUUGUUUCAAAAUGAAGGAUUUUUUUUUCUUGUUUUGUGCAUGUCUUAAUUAAUAAGUGUACUAUGGGUUUUUAAUUCAGAUUUAAAUUUUAAGCUGACUAGCUGUGUGGUACGUGUGUUUUUGUGUCAGUGCUUGAGAGGGAAAUUCAGGGUGAAGGGGGAUUGAGUUUGUCCAAAAAAAUUACAGGUGUAAGAUUUGGGCAUUUGUCUCAACAUAUUAAAAUAGUGCCUACAGUUCUAAAGUACACUGUAGAGCAUUUUGGGACAUCCUAAAGGUGCAGUAGGAUUCACCAUUGGAUUUGUUAGUCCCCGUCUUUUAUGUAAGAUCCUUAGUUCGACAGAUAGGUGGUUACUGGGGUAACUGUGAUCAGCAGUUUUUUAAUGGAGAAAUCUGAGAGCCCUACUGAACUGUUCAAUGAGUGUUGACAAACUUAAAAGACAGCUUUUGUGAGGCUUGGAAACCUAUUACAGACUGCUGCAAAUGCUUGGCAGCAUUUAAGGGCUCACAUUUAUAGAACACCUUCCACAGCCAUGGAAUGGCUGGUAAAUUCAACUUUCUUUCUCUGUUAUUUUAUUGGAGGUACUUGGAUCUUUAAAUAAAAAUUACACAGAAAUAAAAACUACACAGAAAUAACAAGCCAAAGAAUCUUGUCAUCUGAUACUUGGUGUCUAUGGUGGGAGAUGCCCACAAUGGGCUGGAUCCUGCACAUUGGUCAACAGAAAAUUAUAUUCAAUGGGGCAUUCAGUGCCAAUCACAAGGGUGGUGCCCUUUUAGCUGAGCUCCUUCCAUCACAGACUGUUUAAAAAGUUGUCACUCAUGCAAAUGGCUGGGUGUCACCUGCAUUUGCGGUACAGUGCUCAGUCCAGAGGUCGAAGCACUGUUGACCCUCAACUAUUAACUCAGUGGUUAGUUCUUUCUCAGGACAGCACAAAGGACGGGCUGGUUGAUCUGUUGAGCCAAGGCCCUGUCUACCCUGUUUUGUAGAGUGACAGAAUCCCGUGUGCUUUUUUUUUAGCACAGCCAAACAACUCUGGAAGCUGCAGAUGCUGGAGUGUGAAACAAAAGCAAAAAUGCUGGAAGAAUUCAGCCAGUCAAGCAAUGCCUAUGGAAAGAGAAAUUCUUUAAUGUUUCAGAUCAGGGACCCUUCCUCAGAACAGAGUUCUGAUCCAAAUCUGAGGAAGGGCUCCUUACCCAAAACAUUGACUGGCUUCUCUUUCCACAGAUACUGCUUGACUGGCUGAUUUCUUGCAGUAUUUUCUAUUUUUGUUAGCCAGACAACUCUGCUCAUCCCACCCUGUGGUCAAUACUUAUCCCUUGCUAAUCUGAAAUAAAUCUGGUCAUUACCGUUUGAGGCACCAGUGCACAAGUUGCCUGCUGGUUCCCUACAUUGUUGUACCUUUUGUAGGGAGCUGUGGGAUGUGCUGAGGUUGUAAAAUGCAUUCCAGAAGUGGUGGUCCAUGUUAUGCCUGCCCUCCCCCCACUUUACCUUAGAAUGCCCAAUGAUUGCCUAAUGGAUUAAUCAGAUGAAAAGCUGAUGAUUUAUUCAAUAAAGGAAAGUUUGAGAGAUUCUCUUGUUAAUUAUUAAUCACAACCAAGUUCCUGCAAAACAUUUCCCUGUACUGAAAAAUAAUUCCCUGUUUACUAUUUACAAGCAAAUUCUGUGUGAUUUAUUAUACAAAUGGAACUAUGCAUGAUAAAGGUUUUGAAGCACAAGAUUUGAUCUUGCU